AUGGUGGAGGGAUGGCACCGUACACUAAAAUCGGCCAUUCUCUGUCAUAGUGCUGACAAGUGGACAACAUAUCUUCCAUUAAUUUUGCUCGGUCUGCGCUCUACAUUUAAAGAGGAUUUAAGUGCAACACCCGCAGAACUCGUAUAUGGUACGACUCUUCGACUGCCAUCCGAAUUUUUCGAUGUGAACAAGCCAUCUAAUAACGAACAUAACGUUAUCACCGAAUUCAGACGUACUAUGAAUGACCUUCGCCCGACCGAUGCGGCAUGGCAUACUACACCGAAAGUUUUUGUUCACCCCGACAUUAAAACCUGCGGCCAGGUGUUCGUCAGAGAUGAUUCAGUUCGACCCUCGCUUACAGCUCCUUACAAAGGCCCCUACAAUGUUCUACGUCGAACUUCCAAAUAUUACGUCAUCAAGAUCAACAAUAAGGAAGCAAAAGUGUCUAUCGACAGACUUAAGCCUGCUUUUACCGCAACCCUAUCUGGUUUCUAG